AUGGCUACGGUGGAGGAUUUCAUGAACCAGAUCGGAGAUGCUGCUGGACUACCUUUACUGGGUGUCAAGUUAUUAGUCUGUUUAAUCGCAGGUUAUCCUUUAGGUCUCAUUCAUAGAUUAAUUUUUAUCAGAACUAGUGCCUCAAUUCAGCACAUAUUCUUCACGAUUGUUGGCAUUGGCAUUGCACGCUUCUGUUUUGGUAACGAUUUCGUUCAUUCAUUAGCGAAUAUUAUCAUCAAUUAUAUAUUAUUAUCGGCUCUUGGUGGAACGUCACUAUCAGUUGCAUUAGCAUUCAUUAUACAUAUGGGUUAUUUGUUAGGUGGAUACUAUUACUAUGCCACAGACGACUACGAUAUCGAUUGGACAACUGCUCAUUGCGUUCUAACCUUAAAAUUGAUAGCUGUUGUAUUCGAUCGAUACGAUGGUGCACAGGACGAGGCAAAGUUAAAUGAGGAACAAAAGUGGAGAUGCCUUAAAGAAACUCCGUCACUCUUAGAGAUGCUAGGUCAUGCGUACUUUUUUGGAGGUUUUUUGGUUGGUCCUCAGAUUUCAAUGAGUAGAUAUCUAAAAUUUACUUCUGGAAGUUUGCUUCGUAAUGCGCCACAGUCUCCUUUCUCUAGUGUCCUUCCCGCAACGAUUCGCAUUGUUACUGGUUUUGUUUACAUGGGUGUAUAUUCAGUUGUAUCUAGUUAUGGUGCUCCAGAUUAUAUGCUUACAACAGAGUUCGCGGUAUGCUCAUUAUUGUCUAUCUUUCUGAAUUCACCUGAAUGGUAUCGUUUAAUUUAUCCAUACAUUUGUGUUCGAACACAAUUUGUGAGAUACGUGAGCGCUUGGUUGCUUGCUGAAAGCAGCUGUAUGAUGAGUGGUAUUUCUUACAACGAGAAAGGCACGAAUUUUUAUUCUAAAUGGAAUGCUAUGGCUAACGUUCGCUUAAGAAUUUUGGAAACUGCCUAUACUGUCAAACAUUUGAUUCAAAGCUUUAACAUCAAUACCAAUAGAUGGGGCGUUAGCUAUAUUUACAAGAGGCUGCGUUUUCUCGGUAACACAAUGUUAUCCCAAUUGGCCCUUUUAUACUUUUUAGCUAUAUGGCAUGGUCUUUACAUUGGCUAUUUCGUUGCUUUUACAAUCGAACUGGCUGAUGUAUUUAUGGAAAAUGAGUUGAGUUGUUAUGAACCCGAGGUUUUUAGAUGUCCAAAAAUUGUUCUAUUAGAAACUAAUGAAACAAAUAAGCAAAUACUAGAAAAUGUGAACUUUCUGUUUUUUUAUCAGUCUGUGCGAAUUUUAGCAAUUUUACUGGAAACCGAAAAAACCAGUGAACUACCAUUCUUUACCCGUCUUUGUGUGAACGCUUUUCACUGCUUUCGAAGCUUUUACUUCUUAGGAAUUGGAUUUGCUGCCUUUUCUCUAAUAACGUACGAAAAAACCGUUCAGGCCUUUAAAAAUAUUGGCUACGCUCCAUUAGUAAUAUUUGGUAUCUGGACUAUAUGGUAUAUUGUUUUCAAUGCCAUAGCAGCGAAUAAAUUACGAAGACAAAAAGCCAAGGAAUUAAAAGACAAGGUUUUUUUUAAGUCGCGUAGCUAA